CUCUUUUCCCCAGGAGCCCAAACCUUGUUUACGUUGCCACGGCGACCCGGAUAUGGCUCCAUCGGAAAGCCCAUCAAGCUCCUGGCCAACUGCUUCCAGGUGGAAAUCCCUAAGAUCGACGUUUACCUGUACGAGGUGGACAUCAAGCCGGAGAAAUGUCCCCGACGGGUCAACAGGGAGGUGGUGGACUCCAUGGUGCAGCACUUCAAGGUGACCAUCUUUGGCGACCGGAUGCCGGUCUACGACGGGAAGAGAAGCCUCUACACCGCCAGUCCACUUCCUGUCGCCACAGGAGGGGUGGAUCUGGACGUCACCCUGCCGGGGGAAGGUGGGAAGGACCGCCCCUUUAAGGUCUCCAUCCGAUUCGUCUCCCUGGUCAGUUGGCACCUGCUCCACGAAGUCCUGACGGGACGUGGCGUUCCAGAACCGCUGGACCUGGACAAGCCACUCAGCACCAACCCGGUUCACGCGGUGGACGUGGUCCUGCGCCACCUGCCCUCCAUGAAGUACACCCCGGUGGGACGAUCCUUCUUCUCCUCCCCUGAGGGCUACGACCACCCGCUGGGGGGAGGGCGGGAGGUUUGGUUCGGUUUCCAUCAGUCGGUGAGGCCCGCCAUGUGGAAGAUGAUGCUGAACAUCGAUGUUUCAGCCACAGCGUUUUACAAAGCCCAGCCGGUCAUCCAGUUCAUGUGUGAGGUGCUGGACAUCCACAACAUGGACGAGCAGCCGCGCUCGCUGCCGGACUCCCACAGGGUCAAGUUCACCAAAGAGAUCAAAGGUCUUAAAGUGGAAGUCACCCACUGUGGAAGCAUGCGCAGGAAGUACAGAGUGUGUAACGUCACCCGGCGGCCUGCCAGCCUGCAGACGUUUCCACUGCAGCUGGAGAACGGCCAGACGGUGGAGCGCACUGUGGCGCAGUACUUCAGGGAGAAGUACAGUCUGCAGCUGAAGUACCCCCACCUGCCCUGCCUGCAGGUGGGCCAGGAGCAGAAGCACACCUACCUGCCUCUGGAGGUGUGUAACAUCGUCCCCGGUCAGCGCUGCAUUAAGAAGCUAACAGACAACCAGACGUCCACCAUGAUCAAAGCCACGGCGCGGUCUGCUCCAGACAGACAGGAGGAGAUCAGCCGCCUGGUGAGGAGCGCCAACUACGAGUCGGACCCGUUUGUGCAGGAGUUCCAGUUCAGAGUGCGGGAUGAGAUGGCUCAGGUGACGGGCCGCGUCCUGCCGGCCCCCAUGCUGCAGUAUGGCGGCAGGGUGAGCUCUGAACCCUUUAUGAACCGUACGGUGGCCACGCCCAGCCACGGCGUGUGGGACAUGAGGGGUAAGCAGUUCCACACCGGAGUGGAGAUCAAGAUGUGGGCCAUCGCCUGCUUCGCCACCCAGCGACAGUGCAGAGAGGAGAUCCUGAAGAGCUUCACGGAGCAGCUGCGGAAAAUCUCCAAGGACGCUGGGAUGCCGAUCCAAGGCCAGCCCUGUUUCUGUAAAUACGCCCAGGGGGCCGACAGCGUGGAGCCCAUGUUCCGGCACCUGAAGAACACCUACGCCGGGCUGCAGCUCAUCAUCGUCAUCCUGCCCGGGAAGACGCCCGUCUACGCGGAGGUGAAGCGGGUGGGAGACACUCUGCUCGGCAUGGCCACCCAGUGCGUCCAGGUGAAGAACGUGGUGAAGACGUCCCCUCAGACGCUGUCCAACCUCUGCCUAAAGAUCAACGUCAAACUGGGAGGAAUCAACAACAUCCUGCUUCCGAACCAGCGACCGUCUGUGUUCCAGCAGCCAAUCAUCUUCCUGGGAGCGGACGUCACUCAUCCUCCAGCCGGCGACGGGAAGAAGCCCUCUAUCGCCGCGGUGGUCGGCAGUAUGGACGCCCACCCCAGCAGGUACUGCGCCACAGUCCGCGUCCAGAGACCCAGGCAGGAGGUCAUCCAGGACCUGGCCUCCAUGGUGCGAGAGCUCCUGAUCCAGUUCUACAAGUCGACGCGGUACAAGCCCACCAGGAUCAUCUUCUACAGAGACGGCGUGUCGGAGGGGCAGUUCAGACAGGUGCUGCACUACGAGCUGCUGGCCAUCAGGGAGGCGUGCAUCAGUCUGGAGAAGGAGUACCAGCCGGGGAUCACCUUUAUCGUGGUCCAGAAGCGCCAUCACACCCGUCUCUUCUGCGCAGAUCGGAACGAGCGGGUGGGGCGAAGCGGGAACAUUCCUGCCGGAACCACCGUGGACACGGACAUCACCCACCCUUACGAGUUUGACUUCUACCUGUGCAGCCACGCUGGAAUCCAGGGAACCAGCCGCCCGUCCCACUACCACGUCCUAUGGGACGAUAACUGCUUCACUGCGGACGAGUUCCAGCUCCUCACCUACCAGCUGUGCCACACCUACGUCCGCUGCACGCGCUCCGUCUCCAUACCGGCGCCGGCCUACUACGCCCACCUGGUGGCCUUCCGCGCGCGCUACCACCUGGUGGACAAAGAGCACGACAGCGCCGAAGGAAGCCACAUCUCAGGGCAGAGCAACGGCAGGGACCCCCAGGUUCUGGCCAAGGCGGUGCAGAUCCACCACGACACCCUGAGGACCAUGUACUUCGCCUGAACGCCCCUCUCGGCCCACGGUGCUCCACAAGAGAUCGGAGAGGAAACCUCAUAAAUGUCUGUAGUUGCUCCCGGUUUACAUGCUGUGAAGGAAGCGGUUCUGAUCCGACUGCUGAGCCGCUUUACGUGGGCGGGGGGGUGAAGGCCUCGCAGAGACCUGGGAAGCUCCUCCAGCUCCGCUUGUGUUUUACUUUUCGUCUUAUUUAUGGAUCUCUUUCUCCUUUUAUUUAAAUCCUCCUGAUUUCUGAUCUUUGGUUGAGAAACAGACAUAGUGUUUAGACGGUUCUGUCUGUCCGCUGAAACGGUUUCUGAUCGACGUCUGGCGUCUGAACUCCCUGUUCUGAUUGGCCGUCUGUAUCGAAGUGCCUGAUAGGGUCAGAAAGUGAUCGGCCGGUACAGAGGGAAUGUUUUGAUUGGACAGAUUCUGCAGAUGGUUCCGAUUUGAUCAUUUUCUGCUAAUUAAUCAUCAAACUUAACAUCCUCAGAUUGAAGAUGCCAAACUCAGGCGCCGUUUGUUAGAGUUUAAGGUCAUGUUGGUUUUGGGUCGGAAACCGUCUCGUUUGGUCGGAGGAAAAACCCUCAAACCGGACGUUGUGACGGAAACGUCUCUGUGAUUUCGUUAUGCAAUAAGAAUCUGACUUUUUUUUUUUGUUUUUGGGCUUUUCUGCCGCAGUGCCGUUGAGCCUCCUCACUCUAACCCAAAUGAAGCCGUCGGGGCUUCAUCACUCGGACCAAACCUACGUGCCUGCUCGCUCGCGGCUUCCUGCCGAUUGGCUCGCCACGUCCAGCCCGUUUUCUGGCGCUGCUUCAUCGGACUGGAACCAUCAGAACCGUUUGUUCCGUUUGCCUCCACUUUUACUUGAAGAAAAUUUGAGGUCGGAGCGCGUUCGACGUAUUUGACCAAGAAUGGACCUCCAGAACCCGUCUCACAGAUGCCUUGAAUCUCCUUCAAUUGAAGCGUUUUGAAGUCUGAAUAAAGAUAUAUUUAUAGCUGCAGAUGAAAACCAAACGCACGUUUAGCCACUUUUUGUCUAAAACAAUUAAAGGACCUAUUUAAGAGAAGAAUUUAUGGAUUAUAAUCAGAAUCUGAGUUUAUUCAAUUAAUGUCCAGAAAUCAGAAGUUUUAUAUCUCGUUUAACUUACCUGUCAGAUUUAUGAAGUUGAAAACCUUGAUGUUUUUUUUUUUCGGUGUUUUGUUUUUGUUCUGGUUGGGUUUUAUUCAAAGCUUAGAUCAAACCCUGAGUUGGUUCUAAAAACAAACCUGGACCUGACCGGAUGGCGAUGAACUGUCCAAUCAGACGUGGUUCUGGUUCUGGUUCCGUUCUGCCUCCCAAGU